UAAUAGUUUCAACUUUUUCAGCAUUUGGCAGGAGUGCAUAUCGUUUUUGAAGACUCUACUGUGCUUUAUGGUGGCACUUAUGCUGUUGCCAUUGUUGCUGCUAUCAUUUGUGUGCGCGCAUUUAACCAACGAGCUGGCCAACUAUGUGCUGAGCAUCAAGUAUCCCAAUCUGACCAUAUGCAAGUCCAAGAAGAUUCGCACACUGAUCGAUACGCCCAAGAAUGCGGGCAUCUUUCACUUUCUGCUCCAGGUGGAGGGCAGCUGCGAUUUCGAGCGCAUCAAACGCGCCUAUUCGCUGCAGCUGACCGAGCUGAAGGAUAAGACGGGCAUGCUCAAGUUUCCCAAGCUGCGCCAGAAACUGGUAACGUGCUGGGGCCACUAUGCUUGGGUCAACGAUAACAGCGGAUUCAACAUCAACAAUCACGUGGUGCUCAGCACGCACCGAUAUCGCGGACGUCCCGUCAACGAGUCGAACAUCCAGGAGCAUGUAAGUGAGCUGGCUGCCAAAUAUAUACCCUCGGAUUUGCCCCAGUGGCAGGUGACGGUCAUACCCAACUCGGACCCGGCACAGCCCUACUAUAUACUAAUCAAGGUGCAUCACCUGAUCAUUGCCGAGGAGGAGGAUUUGCAUGUGGGCGAGAUGCUCUUGUUGCAGGACACCGAACGCAAGCCGAUUGUCAGCCUGCAGGAUGCAGGCCUCAUCCGGCCGGCGGCCACCAAACAACUGUCGCACUUUGUGCGUCAGCCGGAGCAUAUAAGUAAGCUGGUGAAUCAUGUGCUGCAUCUGGUGAGCUGUCGCUGGCAGCAGUUCAUCUAUGAAUUCGAAUCUCUGGACACACCGGAUGGCGUCAAAUCGCAUCCGGAUGCACGCAAUCUCAGCCAGCUGCUAUCCCUGGUGCUCAUCGUGCUGGUCAACGUGUGCCUGGGCUAUUGGCGCACUCGCGCCAUGCGUCGCAAAUGGCAGCGUCGCUCGCCCGGCUAUCGGAAUGAUCUGGGUCUGCUGCAGACGCUGUAUCUGCUGCUGCAGCAUGAGUUGGAGCAGCGUAAUCUCAGCUGGGCGGUGGCACGAGCCGCACUGGGACAUAGCCUGCAACCAGCCAAUAUAGCCAAGGCCUGGACGCACCUUGUCUGGCAACAGGCACUGCAUCACAUUAUCCUCCUGCCCUACCACAUCUACUGUGAGCUGCUGGCGCUGCGCGAUGUCGUGGUCCGGGGCCAGACCACGUACAGCACCACCUACUGUGCCCGGCUGCAUCUGUAUGUGCCGCUGUUGCUUUACGCCCAGCUGGAGCUGUGCAAGAUCUGCUUUGAACUGUUCAAGGCACCGCGGAACAUCUAUGAGGUUCUCUUUGUGCAGCCCACCAAGGAGCUAAACAUCCUUCACAAGAAGUCCUACGCUGGACGCAAGAUUGUCUCCUUUAGCCGCUCCAUCGAUGGCGCCCUGUUGCGCGAACGUCAUCAGCAUAUGUUUGGCCAGAAGCUACGCGAAUCCGACUUCAGUUUGGCCUGCCUGGCUGGCGCUGUCUAUGAUUACUUCAAUACCUUCUCCGAUACUGCGGCAGUGCCGGCGUUGCUGAACACAACCUGUCGCACCAUAUCCAAGGGUUAUUUCACCGAUCGCAGUGGCGAUAAGUCGGCUCACAUUGGCGGCGUGGUCUUCUUGCAGCUGCCGCUUGGUUCGCCCGACGCCCUAAAGGCGCAUCAGCUGCACGCGAUUGUGGAGCGCAUACGCAGGCAGCAGAUCAUGAUCUAUUUGGCCUCUAUAGGACAAACCAAAUACAGUCUGCUAACGGCGCUGCUGCCCCAUGUCCUUACCAAGAUCUUCAUCAACUUUUUCUCCUACAACUUUCCCGUUACCAUAACGGAGAUCUAUGGUGCGGCGGAUACACAGUUUCAGGCUGCCUGGGGGCAACGGGUACAGGAUGUACUCCUAUUUCGACCACCGCAAUCAAAAACUUGUCUCUCCCUGAAUCUGCAUCGAUUUGGAGACAAGUAUAGACUAGCCAUUAUGGCUGAUACCCAUCUGGCUCCGGAUCACACGAUACUUACACAAUCCUUUGAGCGCUAUAUGGAAACGGUGACAUUGUAAGACCCAUCACUGUAUACCAUAGCCCAUUAAA